UGACCGCUUCAGCCAUGAACUGGUUAACAAGCUUCAGUUUUGCUCUUCUUCUUCUCUCGCAGUAUGUUACUGUUGAAAGUAGAAAAGGUCCUAGUUUCGGAAGCCCAUCGAAAAGCCCAUGGACAAACCCCAUCAAGGCAAACGCUUUCAUGAAAUGCUUGAUUCAAAAGAUUGCUCAGUCUCCAGUAUUUCCGCAGCAGGAGAAAGAAGAUAUGGAGUCAAUUGUUGAAACCAUGAUGUCUGCCAUAACUAGCAUGAGCAAUUCUCGCAGUACCUCGAGUGCAACGCUUCAAGCGAUGAAUAUGGCUUUUGCGUCAUCUAUGGCUGAACUGGUGAUUGCGGAAGAUGCUGACAAUCAGGAAGGCAUAGCUGUAAAAACAGAUGCAUUGUCAAAAGCGUUGAAACAGUGCUUCAUGGCAACUAUCGGAUCGGUAAAUAAACAGUUCAUUGCAGAAAUCAAGGACUGAUUGUAAUGUUUGCUAAGGAAGCAAG